AUGCAUAAAUAACAAACCAAGAAGGGGGUAUUUUGGCGGGCGUUUCGUUGAUCACAAAUUAAUAAACAGAGAAUUGUUCUGUUUCUCUUUUCACAUUAGGAGAAGAUAUGUUCAGGACUAUCAAGAUAUAACAGCAACUCGAAUUGAAGGUUUUUUCAAGGAACUCAGCUAGCACCAGAAUCGAACGGCCGUGUUCUUCUACCUGUUCAAAGUGAGUUCAUCAUGAACGGAAGAUCGGCGGCCGUUCUCCUGGUUAUCGUUUCAUUUAUAGCGAAGUCUAACUCGUAUGACUCAUAUGGAGACUAUGAGGACCAAAUGAGGAAUUAUUACGACUCACUGUAUCAAAGAUCUUUUACUAAAGAAAAGCCAAGCAGAGAUGCUAAACCAUCAAACUUUAUAGAUCUCAAAAUGCCUGGCGUUCAUCCGGAGAAGCAUGACUCAUACCUUUGUACAGCUGUGGAUCUGCGUGACAAGAAAGCCUAUAUUGCUGGAUUUGAACCUCAUGCCGAAAUGCAUACAGCACAUCAUAUGUUAUUGUUUGGAUGCCCAGCUCCAGCAGAAGUGGCUUUGGCUAACAAUGGGAAAUUUUGGAAUUGUGGGGACAUGGGAUCAGGCGUGUGCCGUGGAUAUGGAGAGAAGAUAUUGUAUGCGUGGGGAAGAAAUGCUCCAAAGUUGAAGUUACCUCCUGAUGUUGCCUUUGAAGUGGGUGGUAAAUCUGGUGUGAAUUAUCUUGUACUUCAAGUUCAUUAUGGAAAAGUGGAUAAUUUUGUAGCCAAUCCUACCCUGAAAGAUUACUCUGGAGUGGACUUGCUCACUACAUCAGUACCACCUAGUCGUUUGGCAGCGAUAUUUCUUUUAGCAUCUGGGGGAGAAAUUCCAGAACACGAGAAAGCAUGGCAUUUGGACACUGGCUGCCAUUACCGAGAUGGACCUGAGUUACAUCCAUUUGCCUUUAGAGUCCAUGCACAUUCCAUAGGGAGUGUUAUCAGUGGCUACAGAAUACGUGACAAACAAUGGACACUAAUAGGAAAGGGUGAUCCACUGCGACCUCAGGCAUUUUACCCAAUAGAAAAAGAUGUCACGAUAAAAAGUGGGGAUUCUAUGGCUGCCCGAUGCACCUAUGAUUCAAUGAAGAGAGAAAGAAUAACAUAUAUCGGGUAUGAUUUCUCAUCUUGACGUCCUCUUNUUUACAUGAUGUACUGGUAUGAUCCAAGAGAGGGUGAACUCGGGAAAAGCGUUGAGGACUCUUGCGAUGUUCUGUAUGAAGAUAAACUAGAUUUCCCCAUGGACUCUGAUGUGCCUUUACCGGGCAGUGGACAAAAAAUGGAGAUGAAAAGAAACCUUGAGGAUGGACCAUGCAAGCCAUAUUGCAUUGAAGGAAAACCAUCAUUGUUACUUGAGGAAGAUAAUCGUUGGCCGGGAAACAACCCAGGCAGUCAGGGGCUUGGUCAAGUUACUGCAGUCGACACUGAUUCACAGGGAAAUGUGUUCAUAUUUCAUCGUGCAUCAAGAAUAUGGCAAGCAGAUUCUUUUGAUGACCACAAUAUUUUCUCGAGUCAAAGUGACCCCAUUCCGGAGCCGACUGUGCUCAAGUUAGAUCCAAAGACGGGCGAUGUCAUGGACAGCUGGGGAGAACAUAUGUUCUUUAUGCCUCAUGGACUGACGAUCGAUCACGAGGGCAACACGUGGUUAACGGACGUAGCCAUGCACCAGGUUUUCAAGUUUCCACCCGGAGAGAAAAAAGCUUCAUUGACACUUGGAACACAGUUUUUACCAGGAGAUGAUGAUAAUCAUUUCUGUAAACCUACUGAUGUUGCUGUCGACUCAGAUGGGAAUUUCUUUGUUUCUGAUGGGUACUGCAAUAGUCGAGUUGUAAAGUUUUCACCAGAUGGCAAAAAAGUACUUUUGACGAUCACUAACGAAGGACUUUCCUUCCUUAUUCCAGAUGUUUUCCAGAUACCUCACAGCCUGUCACUUGACGAGAAGAACAGACAUCUUUUUGUCGCUGACAGAGAAAACAGUCGAGUGUUGGUGUUUGAUUCUGUCAACGGGUCUUUUCUCGGUGAAAUCAAAGAGUUUGGGGAUCGGGUUUUUGCUGUUCACUACCACCCUGAACAAGGUGGAGUGCUUCAUGUUGUAAACGGUCCUUUUUCCUCUGAAGCGCUGGGUUUCACGUUCAGGUUAAACGACAGUACUGAGAUACAACGCUGGAAGCCACGCCUGGGUUUCGGUCAACCUCAUGACGUCACUUCAGACCAAGAUGGUGCAGUGUAUGUAGCUGACAUUGGAAAAAAUACAGUUUGGAAAUUCAAGCGACAAGCUUGAUUACUACACAGAAAGAAUGUGAAAAUAUAAAUUUAUUUUGAAAUAAUUUCGGACUGACUUUUUGCUGUAAAAUAUAUUCCAGAUCUUUCUUGCACAGCGAUGCAUAGCUCACCUUCAUUCGUGACUCCAGGACUUUCGUUACGACUGAUGGGUUCUGUUUAAAUUGACCAAUCAAAUUCAUAGGCUGCAGGAAAUCUAAUAGCUGUCAUAUCAACUCCACCGUAAUACACUGCGUAGAUUUUGAUCAUUGAACGAAAAGGAACCCAUUAGUGAUUAUAUUAGAAAGUUCGUAAAAUAAUUCUUAAUUAAUUGAAUGUCAAUUGCGUUGAUUUGAGCGUGCAUCUCUGUUCACAAGGACAUUUUAGUUCCUUCUUUAGCUCCUACGCGACGUUCUGAUGAAGCACAGUUGAGAAUAGACUUGAAUGAAAUGUAUUAUGUUAAAUAUGUUUCAUUAACGUUUUUCCUCAAAAGUUGCUAUUGCAAUAGUAAUAUCAUAAGCACAGUCCUAAAACCUUCUCUAAUUUUGAUAAGUUGGUUUACUUUUGUAUUAAUUUUACAACUGGUUUGGUAAGGGUAAUGUGUCACAAAGAAUGAAAAAUUGGUAAAUUGUAUUUAAAAAGGGAACAAAAAAUAUUAAUUUGGGAUGUUUCCAUUAACAUAAGAAUUUUGAAGAAAAAGGCUAAGCUCAAUGAAGAGAUUGAGAAUUCCAAAGGUAAAAGAAAAGCGCGAAAUUAAGAUAUAUGACUUUAAGAUUUAUUUUUAUUUAAUGAUAUGGCAUUUGAUGAAAUAUGUUGUAGUUAAAGGACACUAGAGUUAUUCUAAGGCUACUUUGAAUCAAAUGUAAAAUUGAAUGUAAAAUUGAAACACCGCAAUAGCAAUAAAAAUGUAGAAAUACGUUGCCAAGA